AGAAAGAAAGAAAGGUCACAGAGAGAGAGAGAGAGAGAAAGGUUGAGAAGAAGAAGAGAGAAGAAAGCGCAUAAUUGAGUUAUUUUUCGGCCAUUGAUGGCAAACCGUGUUCCUCGUGAAACCUUCCUGAAAAGCCUCCGAUACCUCACCUCGGCCACCGCCUCCUCCUCCUCCCCCUCCGCCGCCGUCGCCGCUGCCGUUUCGCCGCUCAUCGUCACCUCGGACGACGCCGACCUUUCGGAGAGACCGAGAUCGUCGCGAAGCGACGCUCUGCUCAACCUCGACGACUACGAGAAGCUGUUCGCGACGGUUCCGACGGCGAAGCUGGUGAGGGCGUCGGCGAACCUCCAGGCGUCGGCGAUCGAGCCGCUUGUGGAUUUCGGGAUUCGGUUGAUGAAAUCGAGGCUGAUGGAGAUGGAGGUUGUGAGGGACAUAAUACUUGGGACGAUACGACACACGUUUUACGAGCAUUUCUGUGCCGGCGAGGACGCCGAGGCAGCGGGACGCACCGUUCUGCGACUGAGGGAGACAGGAAUCAGAGGCAUGCUGGUCUACGCUUUGGAGUAUGCCACUGAAAACGACGCCUGCGAUCGUAAUCUCGAUGGCUUCAUUCGUACCGUCCAAUCCACCAAGUCCCUUCCUUCUUCUUCCACCAGCUUUAUAAUUGUCAAAAUCACUGCAAUUUGCCCCAUGAGAGUGCUGGAGCGCGUCAGCGACUUGCUUAGAUGGCAGCACAAAGACCCUUCUUGCCAUCUUCCGUGGAAGCUCAACAGCUUCCCACUUUUCUCGGACUCAAGCCCAAUGUACCACACCCUCAAGAGGCCUGAGCCACUGAGCCCAGAAGAAGAGCGGGACCUCCAAUUGGGCCACGAGAGGCUCCUCAAACUGUGCCGGGAAUGCGCCGAGGCCAACGUCCCGUUGUCCGUCGACGCCGAGCACACGGCGGUGCAGCCCGCCAUCGACUAUUUGACGUACGCCUCCGCGAUCAUGCGCAACAAAGGCAGUUAUCCGAUCGUGUACGGCACUAUCCAGGCUUACCUGAAGGACGCAAAAGAAAGGCUGCUUCUGGCCAGCGAGGCUGCGGACAAGAUGGGGAUUCCAAUGGGGUUCAAAGUAGUGAGAGGCGCGUAUAUGUCGAGCGAGACAAAGCUCGCGAAUUCGCUCGGCUGCGAUUCUCCGAUACACAACUCGAUUCAGGAGACCCACGAUUGCUACAACGACUGCGCCUCCUUCAUGCUCGACAGGAUCGCCAAUGGGUCCGGUGGGUUGGUUUUGGCGACGCACAAUGUUGAGUCAGGGAAAAUGGCGGCGGCGAAAGCGCAUGACGUGGGGAUUGGGAAAGUGAACCAGAGGCUUGAGUUUGCGCAGCUGUACGGUAUGGCGGAGUCGCUGUCGUUUGGGCUGAAAAACGCAGGGUUCCAAGUGAGCAAGUAUAUGCCGUUUGGCCCUAUUGAUAUGGUCAUGCCUUAUUUACUUCGGAGGGCUGAAGAGAAUAGGGGUCUCUUGUCUGCUUCCACAGUUGACAGACAACUCAUGAGGAAGGAGUUAAAGAGGAGACUAAAAGCAGUGAUCCUGUGAGGCGCGGCACACGGGGGCAAAAUUCAUUUGCUGCCAAUGUUUGUGCAGAUAGGAUAAAUAUGUGGUUGGUGGUGACUUUUCACUAUCUACGUGAUGGAAAAAUGUGUUUGCUUUGGUUAAUGCUCUUAGGUCGUGUCAUGAAUGGUAAUUAUGGAAAAAAGAAGAGAAAAAAAAAAAAAACAAGGAAAAGACUACUUCCUAUUGUGUAGUCUACCAGAAAAAUAAAAUUAAAAUCUUUACUGUAAA